AUGUCGUACACCUACAGCCGUGACCGAGAUUGGGACGAGUCCCGCCCUGUCUCUAUCAAGCGCUACGUCAUUCCAGCCGAGGACGACCGUCGAGACUUCAUGUCGCGACAUGAUGACUAUGCCGGCGAGCGCGAACUUGUCAUUCGGCGCAAGGCCGAUCGCAGCGAACCUAUGACCAUUUCCCGCUACGAGCGAGAAGUGGACUACGAACCUCCCGCUCGUCGCUAUGAUUAUGAGCGAGAUUAUUAUGAUCGUGAGUCCCUAUACCCCAGCGAUGCUCUUUUGCACUCCCACCAUCGCCUUCGGGCCCCCAUGGAUCCCGAGGAACGAGUGGAGCCCCAAACCUCUACUAUCAUUCGAGAAAGUGUGCUCAUUCAUCAAGCCCGCGAUUCCGAAUACAAUGUUGUGCGCCGCUCCGAAGCCGACGAAGAUCCGUACUACUACUCCAGACAUCGCCGAGUCCGCGAAUACGAUGACCGACGUUCUCGCCGCGAACUGAGCCCCGGAGACUCCGUUUCUCAGGCAAGCCACCGCCGUGGUGACCGCGACGACUACAGCAGCGAUGACAGCAUGGUCUACAUUCGCAAAGAGACCCGUGACUAUGAUGACCACCCUCACCACCGUCGUCACCUCGCAGAAGGUGCAUUGGUUGGUGCUGGAGCAGCAGAGUUAAUCCGUAGCCACCGCAAGCGGGACGGCGAAGAAGUCAGCGAUGGCGCUGGCCGUCUUGGUAAGACUCUUGGUGCUGGUGCUCUCGGAGCAGUGGCUGUCAACGCUGCAUCUCAUGCACGCGACUACUACCGCCGUAGUAAGAGCCGUCACCGGGCACACUCCUUUGACGACGAGCGUUCGUCACACCGUCACAGCCGCCACAGCCGUGGCCGUCAUCACAGCAGAAGCCGCAGCCGCUCUCACUCGCACUCACGAGCUAAGACCCUCCUUGAGCUGGGCGUUGGUGCCGCUGCUGUGGCUGCCGGCGUGGCUGCAUUGCGCAGCAAGUCAAACAACGACCGCAAGAGCCGGUCUCGCACUCGCUCCCGUUCUCGUGCCGCCAGCAGAGGUCGUUCCAUCAAGGAUGACAAAGACUCCGAGCGUAGCAUGUCCGAGCGCCGAAAGCAUAUGGCUGGUGCCGGUUUGGCUGGUGCAGCCGUUGCAGGGCUUGUCGAGAAAGUCCGAAGUCACUCACGCUCUCGCAAGGGUGAGCGUUCCCGUUCUCGCAGCAAGUUCAGGCAAGCCCUUCCAAUCGCAGCUGCGGGUCUAGCCACCGCUGCAGCCACCGGUAUUUAUGAAAAGAAGAAAGGUGAGAAGGAUGAGAAAGAAGGUGUGAGCUCGCACCGUGGCCGUCAUCGCUCUAGAUCCCGGAGCCGGGCCCCUUCAGAGUCUUUUCCCGAUCCUUCCCGGGACUCGGCCGGUUUGAUUGAAUAUGGAAACCACCCGGUUGCAGGCAGUAUUCCCGCUGAGCACUACUAUGGUGCACCUGCCAGCACUGGCGGACCCUUCUACUCUGACGGACACGAGGCCUAUGCUCCACGCCGUCAUAGCCGUAGCCGCAGUCGCAGCCGUGGUGGCCGCUACAGUAGUUCCGAUGGCUCUGACAGGGAGCGCCGCCAUCAUAAGAAGCACCGCAGCCGCUCCCGCGAUAUCGCAUCGGCCGCACUCGGUGCCACUGGACUCGGUUAUGCAGCUCACAAGUACUCACAGCGCAAGGACCGCUCGAAGUCUAAGGAGCGUGAGCAUUCUCGGUACGAUCACGAUUCCAACCGCGAUCCUUACGAGGAAUCCUACGACCCUGAGCCCUACCCGCCUUCACCCCACAACGGAGCCCAGGGACCCCCCAUGGGUGUCGAUCCCCACUACUACCCAAACAGCAACUACUUUCCCCCGCCGCCGGGAGACUCAACUCACAACUUGAACACCACCCCUGCACCCUACAACCCAGCCGACUACCCUCCCCCACCUGGUGCUGCACCCCAGCCCCAGCCUUACGGCUAUGGCGCUGUCCCACCAGGCCCAGGCAUGGGACCAGAAAGUUACGCUCCCCGACCGCGUAGGGCAGAUGAGAAUGUGAGCCCUCCCUCCUCUAAUGAGAACACCGUGCAAGAUGGUCUAAAGAGCCAUCAUUCAUCUCCCUCUUCUUCUCCAGCUCGGUCCAGGUCCAAUAGUCAGCCGCCGCAAGGUUCAAACUCGAAGUCUGUUGCGUUUGACUUGACACCUGACAAGGGCUACGAGACAGAUGACAGUGAGGAUACCAUUGGUCCUGAUUCCCAAAGUCGUAGCAGAUCCCGUCCUCACCAUCAUCGACGUCGUUCUUCAUCUGUUCCUCAUUCCCCUGUUUCUCAUCAUGGUUCUAGUUCUCACUCUUCUCGCCAUCAUGAUCACCGCUUCUCUACCCAUGGCAAAGAUAGGCACUCUGAAGCAGACUCAGACUCAACUGAGGAUUUACCUGACCGCUUUGAUUCACACGGUCGUCUCAUUCAAGAACGGGAUCCUGCCCUGGAGAAGUUCGAGGAUCUGGUAAAUCGCUUCAGCAGGAUUCUUUUCUGA